AGUGAGGAUGGUUCUUCACGUAUUCAUACACUUGGCUAUUUGCAUGCUUAAUGCAGCCAUGUUGACUGCACAAAGUGCGGAGAAUGCAACUUCAAACACGGAAGCAUCAGGCAACGACCCUUAUUUGUUUUUCCCACUGUUGCACAAUCUUCCUGGCCCCGAAAGAACCGACGCCCUUGUUGGCUUCAAGAAUAGUCGAUUUGGAACGGAAGCGCUACCUGUGAUUGAACCAAAAAACGAAACACAGGGUCGCCUAAACCACCUCUAUUUCUUCCAGAAGGAGUCAGAUGAUAUUUGUUUAACAGACCCUGCGUUGGACGAAAAACAGAUUAUACGGCUAUUGCAUCAGCACUACAAAACGACAAAACGUUUGUUUGGGAUGGCAGUAUCUUCCGUGGAAACCCCAUCAACGACUAUUCCUUACUCCCCCACUGUGUCUGAAUCGCGCAUGCAAUUUGUCAGUCUGUUCUGCCUAAAACGACACUACUUCAAAAACGAGUAUGAUUUCCGAAACGCUAGGUUUACUGUACACCCAGAUUACCACCAACUUUGUCCGAAUGCAUGUGGAGCGCCCGACAGACCACUCAGUGGUGUCGGAACUUCGGAGUCAUUAUCACGCUAUAAGCCUUGCGGCUUCCCAUCAAGCCAUUCACCGUACAUAUCUCGUCAGUGUCAACCAUCAAUUCACUCCCAGUUACCCAACCGAGAAUACUACUAUUGCCAAUGUUUACCAAAUGCCACAUGGUUCGAACAAUCGAAAUCAUGCAAUUUCAAGUAUGGUGCCCUCAGUGGCGACUGUGAUCCCCGUGGAACAUUGUAUCGUGGGGCAGUCACCGCGAAUGCUGAUUCAGGUGGUGUUCGGACUUACGGAAGUGAAGUGCACGCAAUUCGGUGUGUGUGCAAACCUAAUUAUUACGGAACGAGGUGUGAUAAGCUGAAGGAUCCGUGUACCAUGUCGAUUGGUGAAGCUCUCUCAGGCAAUGUGGCGUGCGCCGUCAGCAAGGGAAAUAAAUGCAUCCCAUAUCCGGAAUUGGCAGCCUAUUCUUGCAUAUGUUCGGCGGAGUAUUCUCGAAUACCGAAGUCAGCACUUUUGCCCAAGGGACGUUUGUUGGACAAUUGCCUGAGACAGGUCGAUCCGUGCAUGGUGAAAGCUUGCAUACAUGGCACCUGCGUCCUGACUGAACAGGGAACAGCACUGGAAAUAAGGGGGAAGGAAAAACGUGAGCCAUUUACCUGGCUUGGGAGAAGGCCGGCCGUGGUUGCACGUUGUUUAUGUAAUGCUGGAUGGACUGGAGAAAAAUGCGAACAUCCACUUAGUUUGAACGGUUGGACACCUUGGUCACAAUGGUCACAGUGCGAGCCAGAAUGCCAAAGUUCUUUUCGGCAGAACCCACCUCGAGGAGUGCAGGAGAUGGUCAUGUUUGGUCAGAGUACGCCGCGAUGGGGUAUGAGACAACGCACUCGGUUUCGUGAUUGUAUUGGACAUUCAUCUGACUGUCGUGAGGAAAUGCAAGGACUGGCUGCCAAGAUGGGUAUGACCAUAGAAGAUGGCGAAACGUGGAGGCAAUAUGAAAGGCGUGGAUGUAGACCCAGGUUCUGCGAUAGACAUCUAUUUGUGGCUAUGGGUAAACGAGCUGUGAAACGGUCGGCCAUACAGAAGCAGGUGGCGAGCCGCAGAGAAGUGACUAUCAACGGGUAUCCAGUCAAGGAAGGAUCCAUCCGCUGGGUGACUGAGGACGAUACCGACCCUGCUGCAGUGGCCUUUGGAUUGCCAGACGUUCGACGCCAGAAGCAAUUCGAAAGGGAUGGGGCAGUUAUCUCAACAACUGUGCUUGCGAUCUUAAAUUCCCGUUUCUAUUACACAGCACGCGUCAAUUUCAAUGGAGAAUGCCACAAAAGCGCGGCGGUCGAGGAGGAUGGGGGUCCGGUCGGUCGUCAAGGUAUUCAUCCAAAUGCAGUUGCAUUCAUCUCUCCAGUAUUUUAUUAUUUGGAACCAGAAACCAAUUUGUCCGAAGGGAAGUUUGUCCAUAGUCCUAGUGCCAGUAUCCAGCGCAACUGGCUUGACAAGGCAUAA